UUCUAUUUUUUAAAAUCUUGAUACGUUGGAUUUUCGGAGAGGUGCGGAAUUUGAGGGGUUAAGGUUUUUGUAAGUCAGGGUUAGGGUUUUUGGAGGAGUGGUGGGUUUGGAGAUGGAUGAAAAUUCCGAGCUUGAAGAAGGAGAAGCUUGUUUGCACGAAGAUGAAGACGACAAUAUUAACCCUUAUACCGCCUUCUCAUACAUUGAUGAGAAGAUUAAAAAUGUUUUGGGCCAUUUUCAAAAAGAUUUUGAAGGUGGAGUUUCUGCAGAAAAUUUGGGGGCAAAAUUUGGUGGAUAUGGCUCAUUUUUACCUACCUAUGAACGUUCUCCUCCAAGAUUAUCAUGUCCAAAGACACCACAAAAAAACACCAGCAUAUCAGGGUCAACCAACAAUUUCUCUAUGGAGGGUGCAUCUCAGAAUUUGAAAGCUCCUCCAAAUGCACUCCCAACUGGGAGAGCAGGGAACAUUUCCUGCCCAAGUGGCAAUAUUGCAGCUAAUCAGGAUUCACAUUUGACUUCUGCUCAAGUUGUCGAGAAGUCUGCCUUUAAGGAUGAGAGUUUUAACAAAGCAGGGAUUCCAAGUGAUCAGAAGACAUUAAAGGUUCGAAUUAAAAUGGGGUCUGAAAAGAAAGCACAAAAACUUGCUGCAAUCUAUAGCGGUCUCGGGCUUGAUUUUUCUCCAUCUUCGUCAUUGGGGAACAGUCCUGAUGAAAGUGGAGGAACAUUAAUGGUAUCUCAAGAAACCAAUAGCAAAUCACCCACUAGAAUUCUUCAGAUUAUCACUUCCAAUCAUGUCCCUGGUGGUAUGCUCAUAUCUCCUCUUCAUGACAGUGUGCUAUGGUUAUUAAGAAAGGAAAAGGAAAGACCUUCUAGAGAAAAUAAAUCUAUACCGUUGCUUAAGGCAUGCCAAGAACAUUCUUCAAUGUUAAUAGAUGAGUUUGUUUUGGGUAAUAGAAAACAAUUACAUGAGAAGAAACCAAAAUUUUUAAUCGGGAAAAGUGAAGAGCUGGUGGAAUCAAAGCAUGGAAAUCACAUGAAUGUUGAGAAUGGGAAGACAUUGUUCAUAAAAAAGAAGCAUGAGACUAAGAUUGCAGGAGAGGAGUCAUUGCCCAAUGACUUGAAACACACAGCUCCAUCUAGUUCUGUGAAUAUUUCUCUGGAAGCAACUGCUAGGGUCUCUGAUGUCUCUGCAGAAACUAAUCAGAAUGCAUUGAGGAGUAGAUUGAUUUCCUCUGACUCUGGAAAGGAGGAUUCUUUGGAGUCAAUAUCUGGAAGGAGCAGACCGAGUGGCAAAAAAAAGAAGUGGGAUAAGGGGAGUAGUUUAGAUAAAAAGGGUUGGGAACAAAGUGUAGAUAAUUCCAAUAAAAAUGCUUCACUCGACCUUGGGGACAAUGUUGGAAGCAAAUGCUACCAAAAGUCUGCUCCUUUAAAAGUUGAGGAUGAUUCAAAAACAAUGGUUGGUCAGAUAGCCACAUUUCAUGUACAAAAUAAAAUAAGCAUUCCCUCCAAGAAGGAAAAGAUGUUUGAGGGCAAGAAGUCAAAAGGUAGCAAAAAUACUGGAGAAGUUGCUGAUUCGAUGAAAGAAAGCUUGAGACCUGAUGUGGGUUUGACCCUUAAAGAUACCACUAGUUCUAGUCAAGGUUUUUCUUCAGAUAAAGAUAAGAUUCGGAAAUUGAAGAUGCAGGAGGAUAUUAAUCAGGUCCAAGAUAAUGAUAGAGAUGCACUGGAAACAGAAUCCAAACAGAAAUGGGGCCAAAUGGGGUCAACAAUUAGACAUUUUCAGAAUAGGCCGAAAGAUUUUAAGAUGGAGCAUAAUGGCUAUUUGGAUAAGUCGAAGGUAAACGUUAGUGGUAGAACGGUUGAUAACCACCUGUCUGGAGUGGCUGCUCCAGAUGUGGUUCCUCAGCUCUAUGAUAAGAGGUUUCCCUCUCAGACGGCUGCACCAGCUGCAAAUGCUCCUAUAGUCAUAGAAGAAAAUUGGGUUCAGUGUGAUCGUUGUCAAAAGUGGCGACUUUUGCCUUUUGAUACUAGACCAGAACAACUCCCUGAGAAGUGGUUGUGUAGGAUGCUUAACUGGCUGCCAGGAAUGAAUCAGUGUGGCAUUAGUGAGGAUGAGACAACAAAAGCUCUCAAUGCAUUGUACCAGGCUCCAGUUGCUGGGAAUCAAAAUAACCCACAAAAUCAUGUAAAUGGAAGUAUGUCAUUUGUUACUUCAGCUCAGUCUCAGCAUCUUGAUCAGAACAGCUCUAGUUACAAUUCUCAGCCUUUAUCUAUUCAAGUAAAGAAGAACAAUGGUCUUAAGGAAGUGCAGAAAGCGGGUAGCAGUUGCCUGAAUCAGAUGUCAAACUCUAAAAAACAACAACAGCGAGAAUCUUUGAAAAGUAAGAGCCUACAUGACAUGACUCAGGCCCCUGUUGAACCAUUUUUCAUGAAGAAAUCCACCUUUGAAGAGAAAGAAAGGCUUCUAGUUGGAGGUGAGACCAGGAAAACAAAGAUGAAAAACAAGAGGGAAUCCGGUCCUUAUGCAGGUUCAAAGAAAAGCAAAACAGAAGUAGGAUACACUACCGAUAAACAUUACAGUUCUAACAUAGAUCAUGGAAGGGUGGGCCUUAGUUUAAGCACUAGCUUUCCAACUCAAGCAGAUGGAAGAAGCAUGCAGAAUUGUAAUGGGGGCUCGAAUUCUGGGGAUGUAAAGCAUGGUAUUUUUGAAAAAUCAGUAGAUUCUGUGAAGAAACUUGUGGAUCGAACUCUGGUGUCACCAGAUGGUGGGUCAUUGAACAUGAGAAUAUGUGAUAAAAGGGCUCCAUUGAAGAAAAGGAAAUUGGAUGGCUGGCAGGACAGUCAAAAUGGGAACGAGUUGUGCAUGAAGGAAGAAAGUAGUGAGAGUUGUUCUAGGAAUGAAAAGAAGUUACAAUUUUAUAAGAUUGAGGGGAAGCAGUUCAAUAGAAAUGAUGGUGACAGUACACCAAACAGGAAAAUUAUGGAUCAUUUGAUUGGUGGCAUUGUGGACAUCCAAUGUAUUGAUGGGAACCUGAAAUUAAGCAAGCACAAGAAAAAGUCUUCAUCUCAAAAUGAAUUGGAUGGCCUUGAUUCUUCGAGAAGGGAUUCUAGAACUGGACGAAUUUUGAUACCAGCAACUUCUAGUUCUUCAAAGGUUUCAUGUUCUCGUAAAACCAGAGGAAAUUUUGAAAAAGCAAGGGAUUCAAUAGUUGAAUCAGUGUCUUCAUCUCCAAUGAGGACUUCAUAUCCAGAAAAGCUUGCAUCAACUGCUGGUUCAGGGAAGGAUGCUGAAAAUAGUGGCAUUUCUUCAAGUGGCAAUCUUGGAAGAUGUAGGAAUGGAGAAGGCACUUUUGAGCUUGCUCAAUCUGGUAUAGAAAUGAAAGAGAAAGUGUUAGUUGGUUUUAACCCUGGAUCCCGUAAAUCUUCUACCUUGGAUUAUGGGGAUAAAGACUCUCUUUGCAAAAUCAUCAUUAGGAGUAAACCUUCUUCUAGGUUGGGGAAUAGCCAUGUGCUCAAUGGUGAUUCUCAUUCUGCUGAAAAUGCGCAGCAUACUAUAGAAUGUUCCCAUAGUGAGGAUAUAUUGAACAAGGAGUGUGGUGGCAAUGCAUUAUUUUCUCAUAAAUAUAAGAAGGUUUCUACUUUACAGACAAAAGACAAUAAAAGUUAUGCUGCAGAUAAGAUGAAAUGUAGCGAGAAUGAGAAGAACUAUUCUGGUAGGAGGAAUCCUUCAGGACAACCAUCAAGUGAUAGUAGAAUGGGGACCCAAUCGAAUAAAAAGCAUGAUGAAUUCGAUGUAAAAUCUGCUGCUCCAUGCAGCAAAAUGGGGAACAAUGGCCCUGAGCAAAAUGUGAUCCAGGAUUUUAGCAGUCAAACUAAAGUAAUGCGAGUAGAGGUAAGAAGAGGAAUGCCAAAAUCAUCCUUGCAUUCUGAAACUGAAAGUUGGCAAGAGAAAAAAGGUCAUCGAACGGUCCCAGAAGCAGAACAGGGAGUUGUCUCUGAUGAGGUUCCAGUUAGUGACACUUCCAGUGUUGAUGUGUCAAAGGCUCUAAAACAGCCUGGAAAAGCUAGCAGCAAGAAUGCUGGCAGUCCUGUGAGAGAAAAUUCCUUCAGCCUGACAGUAACAAAUGCACUGAAUGAUGCUAAAGGACUUAGAAUUUAUGCUGAUCGUCUUAAGAGUUCUGGUUUUGUUUUUGAAAGCAAUGAGAUUUACUUCCAAGCUGCUCUUAAGUUUCUUGGUGUUGCUGCCCUUCUAGAGGCCAGUAAUAGUGAGAGCGGUAGACAUGGAGACAUGAACCAAAUGCAAGUGUACAUCACUGCCACUAAACUUUGCGAAAUGUGUGCCCAAGAAUAUGAAAAAUGCCAGGAAAUGGCUGCUGCUACUUUGGCCUAUAAAUGUUUGUGGGUAGCGUGCAUGAGGAUUGUUUCCUGCAAACAUUCUUCUAGCUGCAGAGACCUGAAAGAGUUACAAGCAACUCUACAGAUGGUCCCCCAAGGUGAAUCUCCAUCAUCUUCUGUAUCAGAUGUCAAUAAUAACUUAAAUAAUCAAGCAAUUGUGGGCAAGGCUCAAUUAGCCAAGGGUAAUGUUUCACAUGUUGCUGGAACCCAUGCCGUUGUUGCUAUAAACUACCCGAGUUUCGGCCGGCUGCUUGACUUUACACAGGAUGUGAGUUUUGCAAUGGGGGCCUCGAGAAAAUCCCAAACAUGUUUUGUAGCUGCUACUUCAUCUCUGGAAGAAGCACAAAACAUAGAGUGGAUUGCUUCUGUUAAAAAGGUUAUUGAUUUCAGCUUUCAAGAUUUAGAUGAAUUUAUAUCUUUGGUUCAGCAGGCUAUGCAGGCCAUAAGUCGUUCUGGCUAGGUAGUGCUAGAGAUUAGACACGCUGUAUAUAAUAGUGUUGUUUGGUUUAUAACCCCCGAUGUGCAUUGGAGAAAAAAGAUGAAAAAGAUGCCUACUUAGACCUGCAUUCGGAGACAAACAAAUACACCGUUCACCAACAACCUAUAUUGCCUCAGUGUACAUGUGUAUAAAGUGAGAUUGAUUUGCAAAUUUGCAAUGUAUAUUUUUGUUCACCUUCUUCUCAUCGAUAAGCUAGCUUGCUCAGCUAGAGAUUCGGAGUUCUAUGUAAGAUAUUGGUUCCGUACGGUUACCUUUUUUUUUUGCUCCAUUGUUUCGGGCCGAGGAAAAUAAUAUAUAUAGAGAGUUUGGAAUUCAUUAGGCAAUCAUUAUCGAGAGGUUGAAUACUGAUGUAGUGUUGAGAAAUAAUCAGUUUAUCCGCUAACAGUUAUCUCGAAAAUCUAUUGGAAUUGAAAAUUAUAUUCUU